AUGUCGAGACCAGGCGUCGACAAUACCGGCCUCAUCACCAAGUCGAUUCUCUCCCCCUUUGCUGCUGCAGUUGAGGUUGAACCAGUAAGGCUGAGCACUUAUUCCUCUCUCCCGAUGCGUCGAUGCCGUAAAGCGGGCAUGCCUCUUUGUUACGGGGCUACCGGCUGGCUCUCUCAAGUCCCUCGGAAUGCGAAUCCAACACCGCUCAAGCCUGCAGCGAAGGCAGGGGCGGCACCAGGAGCGGCAAUGGGAACGGCAGUGGGAACGGCCGGUCCAAAGCCAGAAGCCGUAUCGGGCACGCCGCGAGUUGCCAACGCUGCCGUCCUCCACGAGAAUAUUUACACCAUCCCCAACUUCCUGACGGCGACGAGGCUCGUUGCCGCGCCCAUUGUUGGCUAUCUCGUCCUGCAGGACAUGCACCUCUGGGCUGUCGGCUUGUUUGCCUAUGCCGGCGUCACCGACCUGCUCGAUGGCUGGAUCGCCCGCCGAUGGAAUAGCAAGACGGUUGUGGGCACCGUCAUCGACCCCAUGGCCGACAAGGCGCUCAUGACCAUACUGACCGUCUGUCUCGCCAUAAAGGGCGCUCUGCCACUCUGGGUGGCUACCAUCAUCCUCGGGAGAGAUGUUGGUCUCGGCAUCGCUGCCAUUUACUACCGCUGGAUCUCCCUGCCCGCCCCCAAGACCUUUGCCCGCUACUGGGACUUUUCCCUGCCGUCGGCCGAGGUGCGCCCCACGACCAUCAGCAAAUGCAACACCGUUCUUCAGCUAGCUCUCGUCGGCCUCUCCACCGCCGCGCCGGUUAUCGGGGCCGACAUGUCCUCGACCCUCACGGCAUUGCAAUAUAUCGUGGUCGCCACCACAAUAUGGAGUGGUGCCAGCUACGUCUACACCAAGGACGCCGUGAAGAUACUCAAGCAGUCGGGGCCUUGA